AUGGAUUAUACCCUUAAUGAUGACUGGAUCAUGAGGAGGAACAAGAUAUUCUGCGACGUCAUAAACAAUCUAGUGACGACUUUCUACGAGAUUCAGUACAAGUUCUUCUUUGUUAGGAGUGAACUCAUGCACAUAAAUGAAAGCAUAAGUCACGUGGAGAUACUCCGGACCAUAGAGUAUAACCUAUUUCACGUAAUCAUCACAUUCGUCAUUGAUUGUAAAGCCUUGUAUAAUCUGAAGAAUGCAAUCAAUAAAACAUUCCAGGUGUCCGAUCGAAGUCGUGUUUCAUACUAUUACUACCUCUUUGAACAUGAGAAGUUUAUGGAAUUAUUUAAAAAGUUGGAAGCCUGUAUGCUGGGGUGUCAGAAGUUAAACACUUAUCUGUCGCACCAAAUCGACAGACUGAAGAAUAACAUCGCUAUAACGAAAUGCAACCAUGCAUGA